AUGGGAAGAGUUUCGACAUUACUUAUAAUUUUUAUAGUUCUUGGUGCUUCCUAUGCCACCUAUAAUCUGGUAACGAUGAUAAGGCGCUAUGGAUAUUCGGAAGGUGUGGCUGGUGCUGAUGGUGGAUUGUUUUUUGACCCCAUUAUUGAGAUGCCUGAUCAUGUAAAGAAUCGGAAGACAUUAAAGGCACCCUUUCAUGUGGCAUUAACAGCGACAGAUGCUCCAUAUAACAAAUGGCAAUGCCGUGUCAUGUAUUACUGGUAUAAACAACAAAAGAAGUUACCUGGGUCGGAGAUGGGUGGAUUCACUAGGAUUCUACAUUCUGGCAAGCCUGACAACUUGAUGGAUGAAAUUCCAACUGUCGUGGUUGAUCCUCUUGCGGAGGGUUUGGACCGGGGAUACAUUGUUCUGAAUAGGCCAUGGGCCUUUGUUCAGUGGCUGCAAAAGGCUCAAAUAGAGGAAGAAUAUGUGUUAAUGGCAGAGCCCGAUCAUAUAUUUUUACGCCCUCUGCCCAAUCUAGCCUACGGAGGAAAUCCAGCUGCUUUUCCAUUUUUUUACAUUAGACCUGAUCAGAAUGAAAGAAUCAUAAGGAAAUUUUAUCCUGAGGAGUAUGGACCAGUUACAAAUGUUGACCCAAUUGGAAAUUCUCCUGUAAUCAUCAGAAAGGAUUUGAUUGCAAAGAUUGCUCCCACUUGGAUGAAUGUUUCUUUGAAGAUGAAAGAGGACCCAGAGACUGAUAAAGCUUUUGGAUGGGUGCUAGAAAUGUAUGCUUAUGCUGUUGCAUCUGCUCUCCAUGGUGUGAGGCACAUUCUGCGAAAAGACUUCAUGCUUCAGCCCCCCUGGGAUCUUGAAACUAAGAAGAAAUACAUACUUCAUUAUACUUAUGGGUGUGACUACAAUAUGCAGGGUGAACUGACUUAUGGCAAAAUUGGUGAGUGGAGAUUUGACAAAAGGUCACAUCUGCGAGGACCUCCACCAAAAAACUUACCCUUGCCCCCACCAGGAGUUCCUGAAAGUGUGGUGACCCUUGUAAAAAUGGUGAACGAAGCUAGUGCUAACAUCCCAAACUGGGACGCAUCGUAA